UUGACCUUAUUUUCAUCCAGACGGAGUAGAUACAAAGAUAUUGGUCUUUGCUAUAGCACACUAGUCUUGUAUUGGAUUGUUUUGGUAUCACACAGACUUUCAGUAGCUUAAUGGAGGAUGAAAGGCUCUGAGACCUCAUUUGCCUUCGACUGUUUGUACUUUACAGUAGAUUAAAGUAUUGCAUUGGUCUAUUUUGUAUGUCCUCUUUUCACAGGAGGCUAACUCGCAACCCGGAGUGAUAAGGCUGCAGUAUGGAUUGACUGGCCUGAGGAUUUGACCUCGAAGGACAACCGCUGGGUCAAUCAAUCUGACGGCCGUUUCCACAGAGGUGUAAAGAGGAGGCUAUACCGCAGCGCCAUCUUGUGGUGUCAUUCGGCAGCUACGGGGAGCCUCUUCAAACCGGAAGUGAACCAGCGGGGUCGUCAUGGGGAGCAAAGUCAGCUCCAAGAUGGCAGCACCCGCAGCCCGAGUCAUCCAGGCUGUUCGGCCUCGCGCUCCUCUGAUCAAGUUCCCCAAGCGACAAGACCUUCAACGACCCAAUGCUGAAGAGGCUUUGAAAGCAUUUGCAGUUAACGUCUCCCCGCACAGCACGCCGACGCCGCCUCCGUCAUCACGACCUCAUGCACCUUUAACCCCACUUUCUGGCACCCCAGAUUCUCUGGCCUCUAUUCAGCUACUACCUGCGAGGUACCGCAGGAGACCAAUGGCAGCCGAAGAGAUGGAGUACAUCCAGCGUGGCGGACCAGAAUGACACGAAGCGACUCGAUCACCGCAAUCAGGGUCCUUUUCUGUGUGUCUUCAACUCCAUUCGGCUGCUCAACCUAUUGCCACAUGAUGUAGAAUAAAGUAUUGGUUAAAGCUGG